CCCCUCUCCACCGCGUGACUGACUCCCUCUCUACCUUCUAGAACCUUCCCGCGCGGCAAUGGCGACCUGCUCCUGGGCCGCCACGGCGCCGGCGUCCCCCCGCCCCCGCCUUCGCCCUGCUGCGGCCGCGAGGUGCCGCCGCUCGCGCGUCGCCGCGACGCGCCGCGCGGCGUCCGCCGCAGCCGCCAGCUGCGUCCUCGCCGAAGCGCCCCAGGGGAUCAAGAUGGAGCAGGCGGAUGCGGCCGCACCGGGCGCGGCGGCGGCUGCGGCGGCGCGGAGGGACGUGGGCCCGGACACGGUGGCGUCCAUCAUCCUCGGUGGCGGCGCCGGCACGCGCCUUUUCCCCCUCACGCGAACCAGGGCCAAGCCCGCGGUGCCUGUUGGGGGAUGUUACAGGCUGAUCGAUAUCCCGAUGAGCAACUGCAUAAACAGCAAGAUAAACAAGAUCUACGUUCUCACGCAGUUCAACUCCCAAUCUCUCAACCACCACAUUGCACGCACCUAUAACAUUGGUGAGGGAGUUGGAUUUGGUGAUGGGUUUGUGGAGGUGCUGGCAGCUACCCAGACAGUAGGGGAGUCAGGAAAGCGAUGGUUCCAGGGAACAGCUGAUGCAGUCAGACAAUUCCUGUGGCUAUUUGAGGAUGCAAGGCUCAAACGCAUAGAGAACAUACUAAUUCUAUCUGGUGAUCAUCUGUAUAGGAUGGAUUACAUGGACUUUGUCCAGAAGCAUGUUGACAAAGGUGCUGAUAUUUCAGUUGCUUGUGUUCCUGUGGAUGAGAGUCGAGCUUCUGAUUUUGGAUUGCUGAAGACUGACAGGAACGGGCGCAUUACUGAUUUUCUUGAAAAGCCCAAGGGUGAAAGCUUGAAAUCAAUGCAACUAGAUAUGGGGAUUUUUGGUUUGAGCCCAGAAAUUGCAGAUACACACAAAUACAUGGCUUCAAUGGGAAUAUAUGUAUUCAGGACUGAUAUCUUAUUAAGACUUCUAAGAGGACAUUAUCCUACAGCAAAUGAUUUUGGCUCAGAAGUUAUUCCAAUGGCUGCAAAAGACUACAAUGUGCAGGCUUAUCUAUUUGAUGGUUACUGGGAAGAUAUUGGGACAAUAAAGUCAUUCUUUGAGGCAAAUCUUGCUCUUACCGAUCAGUCUCCAAACUUCUAUUUUUAUGAUCCUGUAAAGCCCAUUUUCACAUCUCCUAAAUUUUUGCCUCCAACGAAGGUGGAAAACUGCAAGGUUGUGAACUCUAUAGUUUCCCAUGGGUGCUUUCUAACAGAAUGCAGUGUUGAACACUCAGUUAUUGGUGUCCGUUCAAGAUUAGAACCAGGGGUGCAGCUGAAGGACACCAUGAUGAUGGGGGCAGAUUACUAUCAGACUGAAGCUGAGAGAUUUUCUGAACUGUCUGAUGGAAAAGUACCAAUUGGCCUUGGAGAAAACACCAAAAUAAGGAACUGUAUCAUUGACAAGAAUGCUCGAAUUGGAAAGAAUGUACUCAUUACAAACUCAGAGAAUGUUCAAGAAGCUGAGAGACCAUUAGAGGGGUUUUACAUUCGUUCUGGGAUAACUGUAAUUCUUAAAAACGCGGUGAUUCCAGAUGGUACAGUUAUCUAGAGAAUCCCAACGAAUAUUUUUCAGAUGUUGCUACUUGCAGAUACCAAUCCCUCCUGGCUUGUUGCAUGUGAAGUACAUAUUUGAUGCUCAUAAGGGGAUAGAGUUCGACCUUGGAUGUAGAUGCAGCAAAUAAACUUAUACAGUGCAAAGGUUGCCAGCUCAUGAAUAUGAAGCUGAGGGAUACAGCACCUGCAACGUUGGCACCGGUAUGGCCAGAACGUUUCGGUUCUUCCGUAGGCAUCAAAGCAAUAUAUCAAGAAAUUUAAGGUGGUUAAUGUACUGCCAUGCACAGGAAUACAUGAUAUAUAUGAUACUUAGAAAUCGUUCAUGUCAGUAAUUGUACAUGGAUGUAGAAGCUAGAGGGGUAUAAUUUUGUUGUGAGUUAAAUGUCGUACAUUCUUUUUGAGGAACUGAUAAUAAUAAGUAGUAGAAGUACAUUUGUCUGUUAUAUAGGUUUAUCCUGUGUAUCGCAAAUUCUUGUGAUCAAAGAACCUCCUAUGAUGUAUAAUCAUAUCUGUGAAUCAUCAAGAGAUCAAAGUUGAUAUGUUGAUAUA